CAGAGUUCGUCUCCUUAUCCACAGCUCCAAAAACAUCAGCACCACGUACGAGGCUCGAGAGAUCGCUCACAUAUGGUUAAGGGCGGUGCUUCCAUACAACAUUUAUAUUCCUAAAGUUGUAGCUUCCACAAUAACGAGCAGCUUUGAUGAGAGCUCCAUGAUAAACUUCUUACAGGACGAGCGAGUGAGAGAUUCUCCUUCAGUCAGUCGGUUCGAUAUUUUGGCUCAUCUGAACGUGAUCCCCGGUGAGGAUGUGAGUAAAAUCCAGAACGAGGUUUUUAACCUCCUCAAAGAGAAAUUUAAUUAUUCUGAUCACUACCUCAUCACAGACAAGGAUUUCCUACUGGUCUAUCCUACUGACGAGGAUACAACAGUUGUUGUUCCUCAUUCAACACCACAAACCACCACGACCAUGACCAGUUUCACCAGCACCAGUACCUCACCUGUAACUGAUUCUCGCUCUACUGAAGCUACAGAUACAACAGCGGUCGUUCCUCAUUCAACACCAGAAACCACCACAACUGUGACCAGUUUCACCAGCGCCAGUACCAGUAGCUCACCUCCAACUGAUUCUCCUUCUACUGAGGCUACAGGUGCUACAGAUACAACUGCAGUCGUUCCUCAUUCGACACCAGAAACCACCACAUUGGUGACCAGUUUCACCAGCACCAGUUUCACCAGUACCAGUACCUCACCUCUAACUGAUUCUCCUUCUACUGAGGCUACAGGUACUACAGCGGUCGUUUCUCAUUCAACACCACAAACCACCACGUUGAGGACCAGUUUCACCAGCACCAGUUUCACCAGCACCUCACCUCUACCUUCUACUGAAGCUACAGAUACAACAGCAGUCGUUCCUCAUUCGACACCACAAACCACCAUCAUGGUGACCAAUUUCACCAGUACCAGCACCAGUACCUCACCACUAACUGAUUCUCCUUCUACUGAGGCUACAGGUACUACAGGUACAACUGUGGUUGUUCCUCAUUCAACACCUCAAACCACCACAACCAUGACUAAUUUCACCAGUACCAGUUUAACCAGCACCUCACCUGUGACUCCUUCUACUGAGGCUACAGAAAGUUUCUUCAAAGUUACUGCCAACGUGACCAUCAGCGGUUUGGAGCAGGAUCCUCUCACCACCGUUCAGACCUGGCUUCAUGAAACGUUCUCCAGAGACGAGAUCCAAGUUCUGAACAUCAGAAUCACCUCACAACUAACCAAGGGUCAAAGUUUGGAGAAAUCCAGCUAUGAUUUACGUGCACAUUUUGUCACUUCAGCACGAAGGCUGAUGUGUGAGUUUCAGGUGAUGGUUCCUUCCUGCUCGAAUGUGAAUGAAACCCAGAAUCAGAUCCGUCACCUCCUGGAGCUCCCGUACAGGAACGGCUCUGUGGAACUGCUCACCCUGCCGGACCAGGUCCACAUCUUCCUUAUAGAACCCGGUUUCUGUCCCUCACACAUUCACCAGACGAGACGUGGUUUGUACGUCUGGAGACAAACGUCGGCUCAGAAGCAGCGGCGGCGCCCGUGUCAGGGGGACCCGGCUCACGCCGCAUCACGCCAGUGUUUGCUGAGUGCGACCACUAACCGAGCGGUGUGGACACCUCCAGACCUGCACGACUGUCCGACUGUGGUCAACACGCUGUCCGACCUGGAACAGAUCACUGUUACUAACGACACGGCGGUGGACGUGCUGGAGAUGAUCGUGGACAUGAUGCAGGAGAGCGAGCGGCUGGACGAGCGAGAACUCUGGAUCGUCCUGAACACGCUGGAGGCCGUACUGAACGUCAGCGCCGUGACCCCCGACCUCGCCCAGGUCAUCGUCAACAUCACCUCAGAUAUCCUGACCUCACAGAGCGACCUUCAACCUUUCACCAACAACAUUCUGAAGAUCACAGAGACGGUGGGGGAUGAGCUGUCCGGGUUCAGCGGUGCCUCGGUUAGCAUGGUCGCUCCGGCGUUAGCUCUCUCUGUGGUCAACGUGGAUCCGGAUCAUUUCUACAAUCUGACGUUCGGAGCAGCAGUGAACAACAACCCUCAUCCAGAGGUGUACAUUAAUCAGGAUCCGGCUGAAGGGACGGUGGCGUUUGUCACUCUCCCCGAGUCCAUCCACACCAGCUUCCCUCAGCACUCCAGUCCUCGGGUUCAGUUCCAGUUCUACGGAGUUCCAGAACUGUUUCAGGAUGAUCAGACUGAUAAAGUCCUGAACACCUACGUGGUCUCAGCCAGUGUGAUUAACGCCGUUCAGCCCAUUAAAGAUCUGAAGGUUCCCGUCAUCGUCACCCUGCACCACCUCAACACCCCCCUGCGGGGGAGGGACGUGCAGUGUGUUUACUGGAACUUUAAUAAAAACGGUGGGCGUGGUGGGUGGAGUCCCUCAGGUUGUUGGAGGUACUCUGUGACGGAUGAAUACACCACCUGUAUGUGUGAUCAUCUCACACACUUCGGAGUUCUGCUGGACGUAUCCAGAACACCUAUUGAUGCUAAACAUGAGAGGAUUCUCACACUCAUCACGUACACGGGCUGCGGUGUGUCGUCCUUCUUCCUGGGAGUGACGGUGCUCACAUACACACUGCUGGAGAAGUUGAGGCGUGAUUACCCCUCCCAGAUCCUGCUGAACCUCUCCAUCGCUCUGCUCGGCCUCAACCUCGUCUUCCUGGUUAACUCCUGGCUCUCCUCCUUCGGCCUCGCCGCCCUGUGCGUCGCCGUGGCGACCACCCAGCACUACUUCCUGUUGGCCUCGUUCAUCUGGAUGUUCCUGGAGGCGGUGAACAUGUACUUCGCCCUGGUCAAGGUCUUCAACUCCUACGUGCCCUCCUUCAUCCUCAAGCUGUGCACCGUGGGCUGGGGAGUUCCUCUGCUAAUCUGCUGUCUGGUGUUGGUGGUGAAGCCGGACUCGUACGGUCUCCUCAUGCUCCAGAACUCAGAGAAGUUCUGCUGGGUGUCGGACGACGUGGUGUUCUACGUGUGUGUGGUGGGCGUGGUGGGCGUGGUCCUGCUGGUGAACGGUUCGGUGUUCCUGGUGGUGCUGGUGCAGGUGAGGAGGGCGUGUGUUAGCGAGCGCAGUGGACUGAUGAAGGAGCUGAGGGGCGUCACCAGUCUCACCCUCCUGCUGGGACUCACCUGGAGCGCCGCCUUCUUUACCUGGGGGAGCGCCAAGGUCCCGCUCCUUUACCUCUUCUCCAUCCUCAACAGCCUGCAAGGUUUCCUGAUCUUUGUGUUCCAGUGCCUGAUGAAGGAGAACGUGAGGAAGCAGUGGAGGCUUCAUCUGUGUUUCGGCUGCUUCAAACUGCAGGACUACUCAGAAUGGAGUCACACCCCUCCGCUCGGCCCCAAACUCAAACUCACGCCCGUCUUCAGGUUCCCCACCGUGGCAUCAUUCAGAUCAGAUAAAUCCAGCUCCACCCAGAGCUCCUCAGCUUCCUCCCAGUCCUCCCAGCGCCAGAGCUCCUCGCCGAAGAGACCCGACCUGGGCGUGGUGUAUCAGCAGGGGUUUCUGUUCCCUCGAGCCCACGCUGCUCUCCCCAAAUCUACUGAGUACGACCCUCAACCCCUAAACUGGAUCCCUAAAGAGGCUCCGAGCGCCGACAUCUAUUAUUAGCACCGAUAUUAAGCUUUAUAGUCCUGACCUGGGUCAUGUGGUUAUGGUGCGAGAACUCUGCAGCCUCCUGAUUUUAAUUUCUCUCACAAUAAUAAUAAUAAUAAUAAUAAUAAUAAUAAUAAUAAUAAUAAUUAGAGGAGGAACUGUUCUAAUGAGUUUUAUGUUCUAAUGAGUUUUAUGUUCUAAUGAGUUUUAUGUUCU